AUGGAUGCACAAAUUAAAAAUGAGAUAGUUGAGUUAACCAAAGCAAUGUUGGAAACUUUUACAAAAGAAUAUAUUAAAGCAUACACAAUCCAAAUAACCAAGAAAGCAAUCAAAGAUGCCAAAGCAAUACCAUCUCCAUAUUUAUUAGAACCAAGACCAAGAGACCAUGAUAAAUCUGAUGUUUUUAGUGGCUAUUUGGUAAAAUUAGGAGCAAUUAGAAAGAAUUGGUUAAAAAGACACUUUGUAGUUAGAUAUGACUAUUCAAUUGACUACUUUGUUGAUGAUAAACAUACAAAUAAAAAAGGUACAAUUAAUUUAUGUGGUUAUUCAGUAAAUGAUGAUCCAAAUAAAUCAGGAUUAGAUAGAAUUUUAAAGAUAGCAGAAAAGAUGGGAGUUGAUACAAGUUCAAUACCAAAGCCAGCACAAUUACCACCAUUUACAAUUGAAUUAUAUCAUUAUUCACGUCGUUGUUAUUAUAUUCAAUGUGCUAAUGAAGAAGAGUUUAAAGAAUGGAUUGAAAUUUUCAAAACAUGUUGCAGAAGAUCCCAUGGUUUUAAAAACAAAGAUCCAUGUCAUAUCGCUGCAUUUGGUAUUGCAGUUCGUAAUACACGUUGGUCAUUAGGUCGUUGGGGUUGGUUUGGAUACGGUGGUAAUGAGAAUCAAAUCCUUUCCGAUAUAAUUUUAGAUGAGAUUGAGUAUGAUAUUUUGGGUAGAGCAUUAUCUAAACUUCCAAAUGCACCAUGGUUCAUUCGUAACUAUCUUAGAAAUAAAAUGAUGACAGUGAUCGAAGGCAUGGUCAGCAGUGCCGUCGCACCCGCCUGGACAGGUCUAAGUAAAACCGUGGAAGAACUUCGUCCAACCAUUGAGCCAAGAAUCAAGAAUCAAGUAGACCCAAUCGCUCAAGCCCAAACCAAUAUCAUCAACAAGAUGAGAGAGUCAAUGAUGUCACAGAUUAAGCCAGCAAUGGAGGAGCAUGUUAAUAAACACCUCAAGAAAAUCAUUGGUGAAAUUAGAACUCCAAUUGAGAAUGGGUUUGAUGAAUCUCUCAAAAUUUGGAAUGAGAAAACAAAUGCAUACAAUGGCAAUGGCUCAACCGAGUCUUUCUCCUCCUAUAGAAGUUAUCCAAACUCCUAUUGGACUAUGUACCCUGCCAAAGAUAAAAUCUCACCAUUGUAUAGUAUUGUGGAGGAGUAUAGACCAAUCUUUAGAGACUAUUCCUCCUACUUUAUCUGUUACGAUAUUAAAGAAUCUAUUAAUAAUAUGGCCUAUGAUGGUGCUUACACUCUUGAGAAAACUGUUACUCAAGAUCAAGUAGAUGUGGCUUCUGCUAAAAAUCAAACUCAUUCAAAAUAUCAACAUGAUGUCAUUUUAGGCACAAAUAUGCAAUUGAAAUUUGUUGUACGUGAAAUGGUUAAACCAACUCUUUGUAAAAUUAUUAAUCCAUUAACUAAACCACUCUUAAAUACUUUAUCCUCUUCAAUUCCUUCUGCUAUUGGUGAUUUCAUUGAUAUUAAUGAAUUAUAUAAUCAAUUAGUUGAUGAUAUUUUAAAUGAUUCAACUCAAGUUGUAAUUGACGAAUUAAAUUAA